GGCGCUGUAGUUUUCUCGCAAACGUGGCGUUUGUUUCGAGAAGAACAAAACAGACGUUUCCGUUUGGCGGCAGCGCGUGUGCGAAUGCUAGACGUUUGUGUUAAAGUUGUGACCCAACACAUCUCUCGUUGAUCGGACAGCGGCGGACAUGGUGAAGCUGACGGCGGAGCUGAUCGAGCAGGCGGCGCAGUACACGAACCCCGUGCGGGACAGAGAGCUGGAUCUCCGCGGCUAUAAGAUCCCCGUGCUGGAGAAUCUGGGCGCCACACUCGAUCAGUUUGAUACCAUUGAUCUGUCGGAUAAUGAGAUCAGAAAACUGGAUGGGUUUCCGCUGCUGAAGAGACUCAAAACCCUCCUGAUGAACAACAACCGCAUCUGUCUCACCCUGAGCCCUGUUCUUCAUGCUUUGCAUAGUUCAUCUGGCAUUAUAGAGAGAAUUCCCCUUUGGGAACGGCAGGAGGCUGAAAAAAUGUUCAGAGGCAAACGAGGUGCUCAGCUUGCAAAGGAUAUUGCCAAGCAAACCAAAACGUUUACUCCAGGAGCAGCACUUCAGAUUGAGAAAACAGGGCCGUCUGCUGCAGAUGUUGAAGCCAUCAAGAAUGCUAUUGCUAAUGCCACGUCCCUGGCUGAAGUUGAGCGGCUGAAGGGACUCCUGCAGGCCGGACAGAUCCCAGGACGAGAGCUGAGAUCAGGAGCGUCUAACAUGGUAGAGGAAGAGGAGGAGAUGCAGGAGUCGGAGCCCAUGUGUGAGGAGACGCAGGGAGCAGAGGGAGAAAACGGAGACACUGAUGACGUGCAGGAAGACUUGCAUAUGAAUGGAUCUUAGAUGUGUUCGUUUGUUGAUGUUUCAGAAUCGUUAAUGCUUUUUGAUGCUGUUUGACAGCACUGGUUUCAAUAAGUGUUGUUUUUUGUAAAGUACAUUAAACAUUUUUUUUAUUAU